GCAGCGGCGCCUUUGUUGCCAAGGCGACGCAAGAACGACAAAACUCUGCGUGCUCGUCGUCAGCGGUAGCGGCGUGGGAUCACGCUCCACGGCGAGGUUUGCCUCAUAAUACACGGCUUUAAUAGAUAAUGAGUCGGUUGGAACCUAAGCUGCCUGUCGGUGACAGACUACGCUGGACGUCCGGUUGCUGCCACAUCGCGCUGCGUAACUUUUCCGGUGUGUUAGUGGUCAUUUCAUCGGACGCGUCGGUUCUGACGGGACGUCCAUAACUCGCCGUUCUGCAGUCGCCUGGAAAGAGUAUGUUGCGCUAAAAUGAUGAAAAUGAGUAAGAAAUAUGAACCUGCCGCCGUCUCUGAGGUGGAGGAGCACAUCUCUCUGAAGUACGAAAUCAAGAAGAGACUUGGCAAAGGGGCUUAUGGCAUCGUGUGGAAGGCGGUCGACAGACAGACCGGGGAGACCGUCGCUGUCAAGAAGAUCUUUGAUGCCUUCAGGAACAGGACGGACGCCCAGCGGACUUUCAGAGAAAUCAUGUUUCUCCAGGAGUUUGGAGAUCAUCCCAACAUCGUCAAGCUUCUAAAUGUCAUCAGGGCCCAAAAUGACAAAGACAUUUACCUCAUCUUUGAGUUCAUGGAUACUGACCUGCAUGCAGUGAUUAAGAAAGGCACCUUACUGAAGGAUAUCCACAAACGUUAUGUCAUGUACCAGAUCUUCAAAGCCAUCAAAUACCUGCACUCAGGAAAUGUGAUCCACAGGGACCAAAAGCCGUCCAACGUGCUGCUGGACACUGACUGCGUGCUCAAGCUGUGUGAUUUCGGCCUGGCCAGAUCGCUCAACCAGAUCCAGGAGGACAGUGGGAAUCCCACGCUGACGGAGUACGUGGCGACGCGCUGGUACAGAGCCCCCGAGAUCCUGCUGGGAUCCACAAGGUACACUAAAGGUGUGGACAUGUGGAGCCUCGGCUGUAUCCUGGGAGAGAUGCUGCUGGGAAAAGCUUUGUUCCCCGGUACGUCCACCAUCAACCAAAUAGAGAAAAUCAUGAGUGCCAUCCCACACCCCAGCCCAGAAGAUAUUCUGGCCAUCAAGUCUGAAUAUGGAUCCUCAGUCAUUCAGAGGAUGUUACUCAAGCCUCAGGUGCCUUUGGAGGAUCUCCUCCAGCCGUCUGUGCCUCCCGAUGCCCUGGAUCUGCUGAAGGGCUUGUUGGUUUUCAAUCCAGACAAGCGGUUGACUGCUGAGCAAGCCCUGCAACACCCUUAUGUUGCCAGGUUCCAUAAUCCAGUCAAGGAACCAGCUCUUAACUAUGAUGUAGUGCUGCCAGUGGAUGAUGAUGUACAGUUAUCUGUGGUCCAGUACCGCAACAAACUUUAUGAGAUGAUACUAGAGAGGAGGACUAAUCAAGGCAUACUGAGACUGAAUGGGGGUUGUUUGAGCAGCAGGGAGAAAUCCAGUGUGAAGGAUAAAGCAGAGAAGGGUCCAGCGGUGGCAAACAGCGACGAUGAAGACGACCGUGAGGGGAAGUCACCGCAUGAAAAGACUGAGGAGCCAGUCCACACGCCUUCACAUCGAGCCCCAGCAGGGCCCAGCUCUAUUGCUGUGGAGAAGACCAGUCCAUUAGCUAGUCCUGGUCUGGGAAAAGUCACGUACAACCCGAUCACACACGCCCCGAAUGAGUUUGUUCGGAGUCCAGGUGUUCCUCCUCAUCACUACUACUCCACUGCAGCCAGAAGGAAACAAGAAGGACAAACUAGUAAUGUGGCCACAUCACCACCAGAGGGCGCCAAUGCUAAUACAUCUAUGGACCAGAUUCUGCAGCGUGGUCGCUCAGCCCCUGUGACUCACAACCGCUCCUUCUCCGUGGCUCUAAACCAAACCCAGAACAACCCACUGGUGCGCAAGGAGGAGCCGUCUCUGUCCGCUGGGCUACAAGUCACAUCUGCACGCCUGAACCAGCGCUCCCACUCUCAGGCCCGUGAGGCUCGGCCUCCGGCUCGGUUCAGCAAGAAAGUGUUUCAGAGAAACUGUAAUGUGGCAGCUGCUGGUGACCCUCGGGCCAAACUGGGCAGCUAUUCCCAGGCCUACGGUACCAUCAAUAAGAGUGAACUGGACAGUCUGCUUCGGAACCGCCCUUACAACCAGUAGCUGCUGUUAUGUCAGUGGUGACAGACAGAUGGCAGCUGGUGUGUUUAAACACACAAACACGUUUGCUUUGGAUUUUAGUCAUGUGGAAAACUGUAAUAGAGCUUGUAAAAAGAAACGGUUAUUUGGAUGUGGAUUUUCAUUUGCUGUCUGUGACAGUGAAUAAAUAACAAUGAAGAAUGA